AUGUUGCUGCUCCUGGUCUUCCUGGUGGCUGUCCUACCAGUCAACACUGAGGGAGAGGAGAUUAUUGGUGGUGUUGAGGUUAAACAACACUCCCGCCCUUACAUGGCCCAUCUGAAGAUCAUCAAUGACAGAAGUUUUGAGGACAGCUGUGGUGGGUUUCUCAUAACCCGACAAUUUGUAAUGACUGCAGCACACUGUAAAGGAAGAGAAAUCACUGUCACCCUUGGAGCUCAUGAUGUGAGCAAGACAGAAUCCACACAGCAGAAGAUAAGAGUUGAAAAACAAAUCGUUCACCCAAAAUACAGAGUCUACUCCAAUCUCCAUGACAUCAUGUUAUUGAAGCUUCAAAAGGACGCAGAGUUGACUCCUGCUGUGGAUGUAAUUCCCCUGCCUGGUCCCUCUGACUUUAUCAAGCCUGGGAAGAUGUGCUGGGCAGCUGGCUGGGGGCGAACUGGAGUGAAUAAACCUACCUCAGACACCCUGAGGGAGGUGAAACUGAGAAUCAUGGAUAAAGAGGCCUGUAAAAUCUAUGGGAAUUAUGACUAUACCCUCCAGGCCUGCGUGGGCAGGCCCAGAACGUUAAAAUCUGUAUACAUGGGAGACUCUGGGGGACCUCUAGUGUGUGCUGGUGUGGCCCACGGUAUUGUAUCUUAUGGGCAAUUAAAUGGAAAGCCCCCUGCACUCUUCACCCGAAUCUCCUCAUACAUGCUCUGGAUUAAUGACGUCCUAAAGGGCAAGUAG